CACAAAUUUCACAAAAAUAACUGACACAAUGACUAUGUACUGAUCCAGGUUUUGAGAUACUUUUUGCUUUUCAGUGAGAUCACCAUGAAAGGUCCUCACGACUACAUCUCUGCUUCAGAGUGGCCCCUGAUGCUGUUCUACAUGGUGAUGUGUGUGGUGUAUGUGCUGCUGGCCGUGUCCUGGCUGUGUGUGUCGGCCUGGUUCUGGCGGGACCUCCUGCGGAUCCAGUUCUGGAUCGGGGGGGUGGUGUUCCUGGGGCUGGUGGAGAAGGCGGUGUACCUCGCCGAGUUCCAGAGUCUCCGUGACAACGGCCUGUCAGUCCAGGGGGCGCUGGUGUUUGCUGAGCUCUUGUCUGCGGUGAAGAGGACUUUGGCCCGGGUGCUCGUCCUCAUCGCGAGUCUGGGAUACGGAAUUGUCAAGCCCCGUUUGGGGGCGUUGCUCCACAGGGUUGUGGGCGUCGGCCUCCUCUACUUCCUCUUCUCCGUCGUCGAGGGAAUCCUGAGUGUCAACGCUGAGCGGGGGGCCAGUGCUGGCAGUAAGCUGAUGUGUGAUCUGGCCCUGGCCUUCAUCGACUCCUGUUUGGUCUGGUGGAUCCUGGUGAGUCUGUCUCAGACCAUGAAGCUCCUUCGCCUGCGGCGGAACGCGGUGAAGCUGUCUCUCUACCGCCACUUCACCAACACGCUGCUGUUCGCCGUCAUCGCAUCUGUAAUCUUCAUCGUCUGGACUACGAAAACCUUCACGAUGUCCAAGUGUCAGUCUGACUGGGGCGAGCUGUGGAUCGAUGAUGCCUUCUGGCGUUUCCUGUUCUCUAUGAUCCUAAUGGUUAUCAUGUUCCUAUGGCGACCGUCGGCCAACAACCAGAGGUAUGCCUUCAGCCCGCUGGUGGAUGAAGAGAGUGAUGAAGAGGAGCAGGAGGCCAUGCUAAACGAGAACUUUGACGGCAUGAAGAUGAGGGGAGCCAAGCCCGAAUCAAACGGCUCCAAACUCAACAAGGUGGACGAGGACCUGCGCUGGGUGGAGGAGAACAUUCCAUCGUCGAUGGCGGACGUUGCCCUGCCCCCGCUGCUGGACUCUGAUGAGGAAACCAUGACAACCCAAUUUGAGAUGUCCAAGAUGGAGUAGAGGUGGAGACUUCAGAGAGUGCUCUGACAGUCCAGAGGGGGAUAGAUGAUAGAGGAGGGAUAGAUGAUAGAGGAGGGAUAGAUGAUAGAGGAGGGAUGGAGGAGGGAUAGAUGAUAGAGGAGGGAUGGAGGAGGGAUAGAUGAUAGAGGAGGGAUAGAUGAUAGAGGAGGGAUAGAUGAUAGAGGAGGGAUAGAUGAUAGAGGAGGGAUGGGGGAGGGAUAGAUGAUAGAGGAGGGAUGGAGGAGGGAUAGAUGAUAGAGGAGGGAUGGGGGAGGGAUAGAUGAUAGAGGAGGGAUGGGGGAGAGAGGGAGGAUGGGGGAGAGAGGGAGGGGGGAGACCGCAGGAGGAGGUGUGAUGACGCUGUCCCGCCCAACCUGAGCCCGACUCCUCUGGCUCAGGUGUGUUUGUGUAAAUCAUCACACACACACAAAAAUCAUCACACACACACACACACACACACACACACACACACACACACACACACACACACACACACACACACACACACACACGCGCACACACACACGCCUCCCUUUUCUGUUGUGUUUUCUGUGAAAGCACAGAUUCCUCCAGCUUCAUGCAUCCGUGCCUGUGUUUGUUAUCUGCCCUGUGUGUGUGUGUGUGCCUGUCCUGAGUGUGUGUGUGUGUGUGUGUGUGUGUGUGUGUGUGUGUGUGUGUGUGAGUGUGUGUGUGUUGCCUGCCCUGUUUGUGUGUUGUGUCCUUUUUCGCCCCUUGGUUUUAUUUUGCUUCGGAUUUAUUUUUCUUGCUGUUUGAAUCGUUUUUUACUUGGCCGUGUCAGGCCAAGAGGAACGACAGACCGUUGCACAACGUUUGUACAAUCAUUUGAUCUUGCGUGAAUUGUAAAUAAAGAGGAUUCAUAACAACUAUA